AUGGAAGCUUACAGCGCAGUGGACACAAACCCUCUGUCUGUUUACGUCAUGCACCCGUUCUGGAACUUUGUAGUGAAGUUUUUACCCACAUGGCUGGCUCCAAACCUCAUCACUUUCACCGGGUUCAUGCUCCUCGUCCUCAACUUCGUCAUGUUGUCGUACUUUGACUUUGAUUUCACAGCAUCUUCUGCCGGACAUGUGCACGUUCCCAGCUUGGUCUGGGUGGCUGCAGAUUUUAACUUCUUGGCCUACACUCUGGAUGGCGUAGAUGGAAAACAAGCGCGACGAACCAACUCCUCCACGCCACUAGGGGAGCUGUUCGACCACGGCCUGGACAGCUGGACGUGCGUGUUCUUCGUGGCGACGGUCUACUCCAUAUUUGGGCGUGGCGAUAGCGGAGUGGGCGUGGUCACUCUGUACUACAUCCUCUGGGUGGUGCUGUUCUCCUUUAUUCUGUCCCAUUGGGAAAAGUACAACACCGGAAUGUUUCUGCCCUGGGGCUACGACAUGAGCCUCGUGACGAUCUCGCUGGUGUACCUGGUGACUGCAGUGGUCGGCGUGGAAACGUGGUACCAGCCCAUGCUGUUUCACUUCCUGUACAGAGACCUCUUCACCUUCAUGAUCAUUGCCUGCUCCUUCACUGUGACACUGCCCAUGAGCCUCUAUAAUAUCGUCAAAGCUUACAGAAACGACACACUCAAACACAGCAGUUUGUACGAGGCCCUGCUGCCCUUCCUCUCUCCAGUCCUCCUCUUCCUCCUCUCCACCAUCUGGGUGGUCUUCUCUCCAUCCAACGUCCUGGACCUGCAGCCCAGGGUCUUCUACCUCAUGGUGGGCACAGCCUUCGCCAACCUCACAUGUAAGCUGAUCGUGUGUCAGAUGAGUAACACGCGGUGCCAGCCUCUGAACUGGAUGCUGUUUCCCAUGACGACGGUGGUGCUGGUGGCCGUGACGGGGGUUUACCAGAACGAGACCCUGCUCCUGUUUCUAUGGACCACCGUUGUCAUCCUGUCGCACAUACACUACGGAGUCUCUGUGUUGUCCAGGUCCAUAGCAAAAGUUUAA